AUGAUAGAAGUCCUUUGCAAUGAUCGACUUGGCAAAAAAGUCCGCGUGAAAUGCAUGCCUGACGAUACGAUAGGUGACUUUAAAAAGCUUGUUGCUGCUCAAACAGGUACAGACCCAAGGAGAAUCGUGCUGAGAAAAUGGCACAGCACUUACAAGGACAACAUCACGCUAGCCGACUAUGAAAUUCAUGAUGGAAUGAGCUUGGAGCUUUACUAUUCUUAA